AUGUCUGCCGCCACCGCCUCCGCCGCCAACGGCUCCUCCUCUACCACCUCCACCACCACCACCAACAACAACAACCCAGCAUCCUCUUCCGCCGUCACCCCUGCUAACAACAACAACAACAACAAUGGCGCAACCAAACCCGCCGUUCAGCCUUCCGAGGUAGGAUGGCUCUUUGUCACGCAAUACUACACUUUCCUCAACCAGAAUCCUGGUCGUCUCCACUGUUUCUUCACCAAGAAAUCCACCAUGGUUCACGGCACCGAACAGGAUGAAUCCUCGCCUUGCUUCGGUCAGCAGCAGAUCCACGACAAGAUCACCAGCCUCAACUUCCAGGACGCUAAAGUCUUUGUCUCGAACGUCGACUCGCAGAGCUCUGCUUCCGGUGGUAUUCUCGUUCAAGUCCUUGGCGAACUGAGCAACAACGGUGGAGCAUGGUGCAAGUUCGCUCAGACCUUCUUUUUGGCUGAACAGCCAAACGGCUACUUUGUUCUCAACGACAUCUUCAGGUAUCUCAAGAAUGACGACGAGAUCGAGGCCGAGGCUGAGGCCGUCGACGAGGCCAUUCAGGAUGAGAUUGAUGAGGCUGACAAGAACCGCGUCCAGGUUCCUCACCAGAUUGAGGUCAACAACAUCGGUAACGCCAAUGCUAUGCCGAAGCUUCCUUCUUCCUCCUCGACUUCUUCCUCCUCGACCGCCGCCGCCGCUCCCUCCGGUGCUAAGGCGAUCCAAGCUGCCGAGAGCAAGUCUUCUUCCACCGAUCCUGCUCCUCUCGCCCAAGCUGUAGCUACCUCUACCAAGGCUGAGCCUACCAAGGCCGAGGCUGAUCAUGUCGGUGUCGACGACAAGCUUACUACUGCUCUUGAGGCUGACCAGGCUCCCGCUGCCACCUCUGCUCCAAAGAGUGCUGGUGCUGCUAAAGACGCCGCUGCAGCUGCCAAGACCGGGACCGCCACUGCUGCUGCUGCUGCUCAACCCACCGCUCCUCCCAAGCCAAAGACCUGGGCCACUCUGGCCGCCUCGGACGCCACUCGUUGGGGAUCCAACGUCUCUACCGAAGCCAAGGGUGUUUCUACCUCUCGUCCCACUCCCACUCCCGCUGCUGCUUCGACCCCUGCUAAGCCUGCCGCUGCCACUACUGCCGGUACAGCCUCUGCCUCGGUCUACAUGAAAAACGUCGUUGCUGAUCAGGUCGACGAUGCUUCCCUCCGUCAAGCUCUCGAGGCAUUCGGCACGGUCAAGGAUGUUCAGAUCAUUGCUCAGCGUUCCUGCGCUUUCGCCGAGUUCACCAGUGUCGAAGCUGCUCGCAAGGCCGCCGCUAAGGGUAGUGUAGCUGUCGGUAAGAAUCGUUGCAUUGUGCACAUUGAAGAGAGGAGGAAGAAUGUUGCUUCGGCUGCUAACGCUAGGGGAAAUGCUGCUGGUGCUGGUGCUGGUGUAGGUGGACGAGGUGGUGCUGGUGCUGGUAGGGGUGGUGCCGGUGGAAGAGGUGGUGCUCAGCGUGGUGGUGGUGGUGGUGGUGGUGCCGGUCGUCCUGCUCCCCGUGCUGCCAACUAA